AUGACCAGGUGGGCUCGCCGGAACGGCGCUCCCGGGGAAAAGGCGCUGGAUGCCACCCCCUGGGAGGAGAUGGCGGGCGGCCCCCGGGGGCGGGAGGGCGGCUCAGGGCCUCUCUCCCUGAAGAAGGAGCAAGAGAAGAGGAACAAGAAGAAGAAGAAGGACUAUCUGAACGAAGACGUUAACGGGUUCGCGGCGUACCUGAGGCAGAGCUGCCCGGGCGGAGCGGUGGGCGAAGCGGGCAGCGCUGGGCUGGGGCAGGAGGCGGCGGUGGCCCUGAAGAAGGAGAGGCGGCGGGAGGGCAGGAGGCUGAAGAGGCAAGAAAUGAAGAAAAACGCCAUGGUAUGUUUCCACUGUAGAGAACCUGGCCAUGGUGUUGCUGAUUGUCCUGCAGUGCUUGAAAGUCAAGAUAUGGGUACAGGAAUCUGUUACCGGUGUGGAUCCACAGAACAUGACAUCAGCAAAUGCAAAGCAAAAAUAGAUCCGGCUGUUGGGGCAUUUCCAUAUGCAAAAUGUUUCAUCUGUGGCGAGAUGGGACAUCUAUCAAGGUCAUGUCCAGAUAAUCCCAAAGGAUUGUAUGCUGAAGGUGGUGGCUGCAGACUUUGUGGCUCUGUGGAGCACUUCAGAAAAGACUGUCCGGAAAAACAGAACUCAGAUCAGGUUACGGUCGGGCGAUGGGCCAUUGGAAUGAGCGCAGAUUAUGAAGAAAUUACAGAAGCAUCAAAGCUGCAAAAACCAAAAGUGAAAUUACCCAAAGUUGUUACUUUUUGA